UGUUCCACUUAAGAAAUGUUAGAUGUAGCAUGCGCUGUUACAGAGUGUGAAACAUAUCUUGACUGGCUCUUUCGAAUCACAAAAAUGGCGGGUAAUGGCGCGGCUUUCAAGCAGAAAACAGUGCAGACUAUCCUCCAAAAGAAUUUCAAAGAUGAGAGGACAAAAGUGAACUCGGAUGCCCUUGUGCUGGUUGGGGAAGUUCUGCGAGUUUUUGUGGCAGAAGCAGCCUCAAGGGCGGCAAGUCAGGCCAAGAAAGAUGCCUCAGACGAAGUGACAAUUGAUUACUUUGAGAAGAUCCUGCCUCAGCUGAUGCUGGACAUGUGACGUAGACAGUAAGGAGGCAGCCAGUGAAGUUACCAUGGUUACCAAGUCUGAUCAGCGUUUGCCAGAAGAAUGCAGGGCAUGCUCACAAAGACAUGUCACGAAUACUUACACUGUAACAUUUAUAAUACAAGUGAUGAAAAUUAUGGUUUUCAGUUUUCAGUAUGCAUACCGUAGUUACAGUUGAGAAGGGACAAAUUCCCAUGUGUCGUUAUUUAUUCUUAUUAAAAGUUUGUACAGUUUGUAUCAGCUGUGGUGUCUUACUUUUAGUAAAUAAAAAAAACAUUUUAUAUGAUC